AUGGCAGGAAUAGAUGCUGAACUUCCAAGCCAUCACUAUGCCUCUUACGACAACCCUGUGGACCUUGAACUGUCGAAUAUCAUGACCAGAGCAUCGUUUAGCCAUCAAACCUUGCACACAUUGCCUCCAUCCGUCUCUCAGCUGCAGGCGUAUCACGCACAACAACAUCAACCAGACAUCCAUCCCCUGCUCAAGCUUGAGACUCAAGGAGAUGUAUCAUUCGAGCUUCUGCACCACAGCCAAUCUCACAUCAUGCCCUGCAAUACACAGCUUCAACUGUCGGAUUUCGAUUUGGGAUCAAACUGGGCGCCUUCCGUCUGCGCAUACCCACAGCUCAUUAAUGACGGCGUUGAACACACUCCAGAUACGAGUGGUCUUCCUUUGUUCCCAUACUCAACUUAUCCCGCCUCGCUGCCUCAGCCAGCAGGCCAGUAUUUCGUCGAGGGCAACAUCCAAUGCCCUUGGUCCUCGUCACCAGAAUAUGUCAAUUGCGCACCAUCAGCGAGCGUGGAACAUGAAGAGGAUGCCUCCGAUGACAAGCCUUAUGCUCGACUCAUCUAUGAAGCUUUGAUGCAGGCACCAGGACAUAGGAUGAUGCUCAGGGAGAUUUACGAAUGGUUUCGCCAUAAUACUACAAAACCCCAGGAAUCCGGAUCAAACGGCUGGCAGAACAGCAUUCGGCACAAUCUUUCGAUGAACAAGGCAUUCGAAAAUGACAGAGACAGUGCACGCGGUAGCUCUCGAAAGGCCACCAGCGUGUGGAUCUUGACCAAAGAUGCGAUCGACAAUGGCGUUCAGUCCACCACGAGAUACCGCAAGACUGGAGCAGGGAAGAGACCGUUGGGAGGCCGAAUGCCCGCCAUCCAACGCCAGAGAGCCGGGGCACGAGGUGGACGGGCAGCACGAAAUUCAGCCAAAAGGAGACAUCAGGACCUCUCUGCGUUGACUGACCCGGCGUCCACGGCCAGUCCAUCGACCACAUCGUACUCGGACUACGGCGACUACCCAAGCUUCGACUACCACGAGUUACAACCGGCCGUGAGAAGCUGGCCAAUGACGCCAGUGGAAGACAAUCUUGCAGCCGACGAGAACAACUUGUUCAACUCGUUAUCUCCGCUGAGCAAGCUGGACCUGAAGUCGCAGAACCUCGCUUAUGGGGAGGAAAACAUGCAUGUUCAAAAUGCACUGUUGCAAUCGAUGCGAGCCCAACAUGUCGGGGACUUGGUCAGAUUUUCAUGCUGA